AUGGUUUAUGGGGACAAAGAAGUAGUGUAUGGGGAGAACCAAGCUCUGAGGGAAAGCACUGCACGAGCAGCUUCGGAUGACAGCGGCUCACUUCAAGAGCAGGUGAAGCAAGUUGGGACAAUGUUGAAGACGUUUGCUCGCACUGGGCAAUCAGGUGCAGAUCAGACCUUAAUGCUGCGACGUCUUGGAGAGUUUGGCGAUGUUGUGCGUAGCAUGGACAACAAAAUGGACACUAUGCUGCAACAUUUCUGUGCCAAUGUGUCUGUUGGAGAGUUAUCCCUGCCAGGGGAUCUGUUACUCCCCCUAGACACCCAGGAAGAUUUGGCGUUGCUUGACAACAGUUUGAGGCAGGAUAAAGAGCUCCAGGAACGAUUUCUUCGGUUUUUGGCAAUCAAAUGUGGGAGGGACCUAAAGACAACCGUCUGGCGGAUGCUUCAAAGUAUCUUCUCUAAUCACCUUUCCAUCAAUACAACCUGGACUGGAGUUGGGGAUAAAGCAUGUUUUAGAGACAUGUUCCUGAAGACCAUUGUUCAAAGAGCCAUCCGGAAGAACCCGGCAACACAGGAUGCCACUGAUGAAGCCAUCCAGGUUAACGUUACGCGUUACCUGAAAGGAGCAUCUGACCGUGAAGGCGGAAAAAGGCGCCGCACAGCUGAGAGGGACCCACAGCCGACCCCUUAAACCUAGGCUGACUACUGACAUCCCAGCAUCACUGACAACUGGAACCCUUUCUUUAUCCUGCAGUCAGUAACAUCAAGACCCCUAAAGAAGCCAGAAGUGUCAGACUGCACUCCCCAAUCCACACUGUUCACUGUGGAUAUUAUCAUAGUGCUUAACUUAUUAUAUUGUUAAUAUAGCUUGUAAAUCCUUGUGCCACAGGUCAGCAUUGCAGUUAUAUCUGUUCUACUACUUUUUUUACCUCAGUAUUUUUUAUAUAUAUUUGAAGAUGUUUAUCACAGAUACAAGAGACAUCUUGUACCCCAGGUCAGCAAUGCCAUUAUAAUGGUCUAUUCUACUCCAGAGCUUUAUUCUAAAUUAUUACCACUUAUCUUAUUGUUAGAAAUGGCUUGUAAAUGUGAUGUUAUACC